AGCAACAUGUCAAGGAAAUAUCUUAUGAUCAAUCAAGUGGAUGAUGAAGUAUAUGGCUGGACAGUUUUAAUUCAAGUUGUUGAGCGCAACCAUGUCUCAACCAGCCGAAAUGAAAAAGAAACAAAAUAUCGACGUUAUCUAUUAACUGAUGUUGAGGGAACAAAAGUAUCUGCUGUCACAUUUGGAGCUAACAUAACACAUUUUGAUAAGAAGUUGCUACCCUUCAAAAGAUACUAUAUAUCAAAUGCAACAGUCAACAUAGCUCCACCAAUGUAUAGAGUGGGAAACUAUGCUUAUAGUUGGUCUCUAAAGAAAGGUGACCUGGUUGAAGAGUAUGAAGAACCCAUCCCACCACAACUUCCGUGCCAUAUUGAAGUUACAAAAUUUGCUGAUCUUUUCAAAUAUGCAGAAACUGAAAGGCUUCAAAGUUUAUCGAUAUCUACAAAACAGCCAACCUGCAUUUUAAUCAAUCCACCAAUGGCAGAAACAACUAACUUGAAGCAAUGGUACAACGGUAAUCGUGAUUUUGUGGAAGAAAGCAUAAAAGCAUGCACUUACAAGGACCCUAAUAUUUUGCUCCCACCCCCAGCAGACGAAGACAUCCUGAACAUUGGAAUAGCACUAUCAGUAUUAAAAAAAGAUCAAAAAACUGCAUGGGUCCAAGGAACUUUAAAGCUAGCAGUUAAUCAACGCUCAAUGUGGUUUAGUGCAUGUGGAAUCUGCCUAAAGUCAGUUAACACUCCAUUGGGUUGGACAAUAAAAUGUCCAGCAUGCAAUCAAGAAUCCACUGUAGAAGCCAGGUGUCGCCUAGGAGUAAUCAUUUGCAGUGAAAAUGCAAACAUGAAUGCAUACCUCAUUGGAAAAGAAGCUGAAAGAUUGAUACCUUUGACUCCUCUUCAGCUAAAACUCGCUGAACAACAGGGACAUAAUAAACACCCUGAGAUAAGUGCUGCAAUUGACGGAAAAAAAGUCAUAUGUUUCGUGCGCCAUUACAAUGUUGAUUCACAGGUAGGAAGUAGUCGGGAAGCAAGUACUCAAUUGACCAAUUCCGAUCGAUACUCUAUUGUCAAGUUGUACACAGUGGAUGAAGUUCAAGCAAGAUCCUCAAUAAUAACCCCUGACAAUAAAAAAAAAUGCAUUUCCAAAGAAAAGUCAAUUUCCAACAUAGAGUCGGGCAGCUCUUCAGUUCAAACCAUUGACCCCAAGGCAGAUAAACAGUUCUUCAGUCCAACUGCAAGCAUAAUCUUGGAAACAAUUGCUCAAAAGGUGAAGGAAGAAACAGAUAACUUAAAACCAGCUGCAAAAAGAGCACUUGCUUUUAGUGAUGCAAUGAAAACAGAUCAGACAACCACUACCACCUCAAAGCAGCCACAGACCAAAGAAUCAUCUAUUUCAUCAAUUCAUAACAAGGAAAUCACAUCAGCAACCCACAAAAAACCAAGAGAAAAAAAUGAAUGA